UCCAUAGAGGUUGAUAUUCUGAAGUGAGCAUCACAUUGAGCUUUACACAAACUCUGGUUUCCUCUGUGCAAAGUGUGAAGCAGCUGCCAUCUGUUUUUCACAGCUAGAUUUGUUAAAGGGGACUGUUACUGGAGUCCUUUUAGGACCGCUGCAGCGCUAAUCAGUGGUGCUAAUACUGUAGUAGGUAGACCCUCACCUAUAGAGCCUUUGAACAGUACUGUAGAUGUUCAUUCCUUUUUUGUGAAUGGGAAAAAUGAAUGAUCAAAGAAGUUCGCCUUAUCUUUGUUUGUGAUUUUUUUGCAUUGUAACUGUGUCCAAAAAACAUUUCUAAGUUCUCUCGCUUAGUCAUGGCUGCCCUGUUUCCAUAGUGACGCAGAGGAAAACCAGCCUACAGCGAGGAAAUAGGUGACAGAAGCACAUAUGAAUGUUUCUAUCAUAGUGAGAAUAUUUCCAUUAAAGCGAUCAGAAAUAUUCAACAGAUCACAAUCUUUCACUUUCCAUUUUCUCUCUCGGUCUCACAGCAGAACACACACUUCCUGUGAAACUAUCGGGCCAGCUCCGUGGUUUUUAUCUCACUCCUCAGUGUACGCUCUGCUGACUCCCUGUGCGCACUCAGACCUGACCUCUCUCUGCGCCACUCUUUCAUUUUACCCUCCAGAAACCAGAAGCUCUUCGCCUCUAUGGCACCUACAGGCAGCGUGAAGCGGAGCUCAGAGCUGCUGUUCUUGGAAGUUUUUCUGUUUUGAGAAAGCAGAAGUCGGCGUCCAACUCGGUGGAUGACUGCUCGUUGCCCAUCAGUCUUCCCUUCACCAUGGCGGCAGCGAUGCCAGUGUGUUACCACGGCGCCCUCACCAGAAAGGAGUGCGAGGAGCUGCUGGGAAAGAAGAACAAGGAUGGAGCUUACCUGAUCCGAGACAGCGAGACCAUCCAGGGAGCCAUGUGUCUUUGUGUCUACAAACAGAAGAUGGUCUACACCUACAGACUGCUGCAGACGCACUCUGGACACUACACUCUGCUGACGGCUGGAUGUGUGGAGGAGACGUUCUUUAAGAAUCUGGACGAUCUGAUCCGUCACUAUAAGAGGAAGAACCAGGGUCUGGCCAUCCAUCUGCGCCAUUCGGUCAAAAGGAAGACGGCCUUGUUGAUCCAGCCCCGAAGUCCACGCCAACCAGAGUCUCAGAAGGAACCGAGCCGCCCGGCCGAAGAGGAAGAGCCCGACUACGAGAAUUGCCCGAGCUCCGAAUACGUGGAAGUUCUUCCUGAUCAAGUCUGACGUUCAGCAUCGAACACGUAAAGAACCAAAGACAUUUUAGAGGAUUAAAUAAACUCACAGCCUGGCUCUCAGUCAGGACGAAGCUGGUUUUAUACAUCAUAUGGACAGAACUCUCCGUCUUCUUGUGUUUCUUUCACUUCUUUCUGUUUUUGUGGUCGGUCGGUCCAGAACUGAAUCAUUCCAACAACUUGGAUGAACAUUCUCAACUUCCCUUUAGAGAAGUUGUCAUUGACGACCAUUGGAUGGAUUUUUGCAACAUUCAAGCAUUUGUGUUCCCCUGAGGAUGAACUGCGAUAACUCUGGGGAUCCUUUUUUUGCCUUUGGAGCCAACAAUAUGUUGGUUUAUUUUGGAUAUUUUGGGGGGAGUACAUAAAGCUGGAGGGCCUGAGAGGAAGUUUUAAGUGUCAAACAUAUAAUUUCCCAUAUUCUGGAGACUUUUUAUGCACCAGUUUAUUCCUUUUCUGUUUCAAUUUAUGGUAAAAAUGGUUAUUUAUGUGAUUCAGAAUCUAUUAGAAUAUUCCAGAACAGAUGCAGUGGUUGAAUGAGCUUGUACCUCACGUUAUAAAGAGUAAUAAAAGGAUGCUGAUUGUUGUAAGAUUAAGAAGAUACAAGCAUUAAUCUUAAAUGAGUCACACAAUCUGGAUUGCAGUUGUUUUUUUUACGAUAUUAAGAGAACAAACGAGUCUAUUUGACCAUGCUGACUUACAGAAAUAUAGAUUUAUCUGAUUUUUUACGUGGUUUUUGCUCCACUGGAUGCAGUAAAACAACAUCAACAAUAUCAGGAAUGUCACUUUUCUUCUCCAAAAUUUCCGCCUGUGCUGGUUUUUUAAAUUUAUUUCCACUCCUAAUAAAUGCUAUAUACUGUAAUGUGCUUUUUAUCAAACUGUAUUGUUGAUUUAAACGUAUUCGUUCAAGAAUAUUUGACUCUGCAAAGAAAUAUUUCAAAUUUUGCUCCUGCAUCGCCUCACAUGACGACUUUAGGACAAACAUGCAGCAUUAACGACUCAAAUAAAUAUUCAGUUUAGUUGUAAAGUGAGCUUUCACACAUGAUAAGGUCAGUUAAAACUGUGCCACCGUGAUAAAUGACGAUCGAGAAUCAGAUGUGUUGAUCUUCUUUUGUUUUCUGAGCCUUUCUGAGAAUUUCGUCUUCUUCCACUUUUGUUCUUUUGGCGCCAACCUUUACAGUAAAUGGUCAUAGCAGAGAUAAGCAUCAGAAACGCUGCUGGGAACUCGACUUUGACCCACAACUUGACGGCACGUGUUAAAUUCAGAGCGAAAUGAUGCUUCAGUUCAUUUCAAGAAGAGUGUUUCAUUUAGAUGAUUGUGACACACGUGUGGCUUUUUCCUUCUGAGUGCAUUUUCACCACAAGUUGCAGUAUAAUCGACGACACAUUCUGGUCUUAUUUGAGUCAUUUAAAGCUCUUCUGCUGAUGCUUGUUGUGGCUUUAAACCUACAGGCUUGUUUAUGUUGUGCUCAGGGUUGCUUUCAAGCCAAAAAUAGGAUGUUUUAAUAGCCUUCCUCCUCACUCAAUGUAAAUAUUCUCUAUAUAUGAACCUGUUUUUAACUGCUUUUCCCAUUAUGUGUUUUCCUUUGACUAUGUGAUUAAAAUUUCAGUCUUGCAGGUACAAGAA